AUGUGGGUGCGUGUUUGGGAAAGCUAUCGAGAUUUUCACGCCGAUCUCUUCCCAGAGACAGUGGGGCCAUUCUCUGGUUGCAGUGCAAAUGAGUGGUUGGAUGGUUCAAAUUUGCAGCCAAUGCGAGUAAGUCUUGAUCCCGCACGCAAAGGUGAACUGAUCGCAACGAUAAAUAUCGAUUCCAAGUCCGACGCGAUGAAGUCAGAUUCAAGAAUGGAUCAGCAAAGUAAAAAAGAGUCGUUGCAACCAAAAACCGCUGGUGAUGAAAUCAUUAUCAAUGGCAAUCGAUCAGCAGAAAGUACUCAGCAUUCAAAUAUCAGUGAGCGCAGUUCAAAUGUCAACAUUAACGUUACCAGCAGUAAUGAUAUAACAGAACAAGUAAUGCCCAAACCACCAAAACGUGCUCAGGUAUGUUAUUUAGUUUAUGUAUUCAAAGUACAUCGUUCAUUUCAUAAAGAUGAACUCAAGUAUGGAUUGUAUUUGGUGUUGAAUUAG